AUGUCUAAUCUUGGAGGUGCAUUCAGUCGUGAGUUUACGCGGGAGACAUGGUCUCUGUAUGCCGUUGGUGUAUUUGGCUGUGUAUUGAGAUUUACGGCCCGUAUACGACGUUUGGGAUGGCAACACCUCCAAGUUGACGAUUACUUGAUGAUGUUUUCCGUUGUAUGGUACACCAUACUUUGUGUCGCCCUUAAUGAAGUGGCCUCUGGAGGAGGAUCAAAUUUGCUCACGGACGACCAACUUGCAAAUAUCUCAAGCAUGUCAGCAAAAGAACGCAAUGAUCGAGUAAAGGGCAGCAAAUGGGUGUUUGUGUCAGAACAUGCUUUCAUUCUCUGUAUCUGGGGUAUGAAGGCAUGCAUGUUGGUGAUAUAUGCUCGUAUCACCGAGGGAUUAGCGCAGAGAAAAUGGAUCAACUACAUUUCCAUCUAUGUGGGACUUGGAUUUAUUGUGACUGAGCUGUCCUUGUUCCUCAUCUGUCGACCUAUUCAAAAUUACUGGGCUGUUCCUACGACAAACUAUCAAUGCUCGUCCUAUCAAUACUACGAAAUCGUUCAAGGAGUUUUCUCCAUUUCCGCAGACAUAUUUAUGUUACUAGUAGCCAUUCCACUGCUGCUGCAGGUCCGCGUUCCGGUGCGCCAGAAGUUGGUACUGAUACUCCUGUUCGGCAUGGGAGUCUUCGUCAUUGUCUCCGCAGUACUGAACAAGGUGUACUGCCUGGUACCUGAUCUCAUUUCAUACGUCUACAUGAACUGGUACUUCCGCGAAGCAACCGUGGCUAUCUUGGUCACCAAUCUACCAUUGAUCUGGUCUCUCAUGAGAGAUGUGUUCCCUGCACUCAAGAGCUGGACCGGAGGAUCAAAGAAGGGUACCGACAAAUACAAGUCAGGUGCAUGGACUACUACCAACAAGGGCUCUCGAUCAUUUGGACCCGUCAGUCAACUUUACUCAGCAGACCACCACAUGGAGGAGUUCCAGUACACAGUAGCCAUUCAUGAACAGCAUCUAGACAAGUCUGGGCCGGCAGUUUCUGAUGCCAGCGUACACAACAGUGACGAGCACGAGCGAGAUAUGAGCGAUGACGGAUCUGAUCGUGCUUUCCGGAUACGCCAAGACUUUACGGUAACUGUGGAACGCAACUCGCGGCCAUCAGACUAUGAAGCCAAUACCGCGCACGUUACCCGCGGCCAGGAAUCUCCAGUCUGA